AUGCCGAUCCCGACCGCAGAUAUCUACGAUCGCGAACAACAACAAAACGCACAGUCAUCUUCCACAUCAACCUCCAACCACACCUCCAACGGUAUCUCUACCUCCGAAUCCAAUCCCAGCGACAGUGGAAUCCCCUCAAACACCAACUCUGCCUCGUCAAACAAUGAGGGUGAGCGCACUCUGAGCAGGGAAGAGGCCGACCGAUUAUAUGAAGAGCGAAUGGAAGAGGAAUACGCACGGAGAGAGGAGGCGCUUGAUUACGAUUUUAUCGAUGAGGUCUGA